GAGACCGAACGGACCGGACGCCGGAACAACGCCGCGCUGGCAGCUGGCAGUGAGUGACGGCGAAUUGCAACCCCGCAAGAUGUCAGCGAGGCAUGCCUUUCAUGCCUUUCAGACGUGGCGGAAAGGCCUAGGCGCAGCUCGACCCUCACGGUGGUCUGGGUGGCAGCCUCAGCACAGACCCUCGGCACGCCUGUCCAGCUGUUUGGUCCUGUGGCCUGUGGAGUACGGCCCCGGGUUUCUUGACGCACACCCCUGCGCCGAGAAACCCUGCUGCCGACGCCAUGGUCGAGGGUACAAGUUGUUCUGUACCCUCAAUCCCACCCAUUUCGCCACACUCGGCGCACGGACCUCUGGUCCGACUCGGGGCCAUGAUCACGUGCAGGUCUCGUGAAUUAUCAUCUACACGUAAUUCUCGCCUCUUUUAAGAUUUCCGGAAUCAACUCCACGUGCUUUCCAUGUUCGGCCUUUGGAUGGGAUUACCGUGGGAGCUGGGAUCGAGUGGAACGAAUCUCG